AUGAAUGAAUACAAUUUAAGGAUUGAUUUAAAAGAUUGUGCAAAAUAUAAUAAUCUUGAUGCAUUUUUAGUUUAUUUAGAUUUUGGCAAAUACUUUGUUUAUUCACUGAUAUUUAAUAUUCCAUCCCUUUUCGAAUACUUCCUUUCACACGGUGUAAGCAUCAAUGAAAAAAAUGAAGAUGGAGCUACAGCUCUUCAUAAUACAGCACAAAAUAACAGCUUAGAAAUAGCUGAACUUCUUAUUUUGCAUGGUGCAAAUAUUAAUGAAAAAGAUUAUUAUGGAGAAACUGCUCUUCUUAUAGCCACAUUUUAUAACAGUAAAGAAAUAACUGAACUUCUUAUUUCACAUGGUGCAAAUAUCAAUGAAAAAGAUGGAAAAGGAUCUACCGCUCUUCAUUAUACAGCACAAAAUAACAGCUUAGAAACAGCUGAACUUCUUAUUUUACAUGGUGCCAAUAUCAAUGAAAAAGAUGAAAUGGUUGUACUGCUCUCUAUUUUGCAGCAGAAAAUAAUUGUAAAGAAGCAGCUGAAAUUCUUAUUUCACAUGGUGCAAAUCUCAAUGAAAGAGAUAAAAAAGGGCAAACCCCUCUUCAUCUUGCAGCAUGUAAUAAUAGAAAAGAAACAGUUGAACUUCUUAUUUCACAUGGUGCAAAAGUUCCUACAUAAGACGCUUUCUUUUCAUAUUAAAGAGUGA